AAAAACCCCUUCAAAUCUCUCCCCAUUUCCCUCUCAUUUCAACUUCAUCCUCCCCCAAAUAAAUAAAUUAAAAAAAAGAGAAAUAAAGAAAAACCCCGCCAACGACGAUGAAGGAGGAAGCGGUCGAGAGACUCCGAGCGGUGGUCCGCGAUAGCUUGAGCAAGCAUCUCUACUCCGCCGCCAUCUUCUUCUCCGAUAAGGUCGCCGCCGCCACCGGCGACCCCGCCGACGUCUACAUGGCAGGCCAGGCCCUGUUCCGCCGCCAGCACCGCCGAGCUCUCCACGUCCUCAACUCGUCUCAGAUCGUGCUGAGAGAUCUACGGGUUCGGUAUCUGGCCGCCAAAUGCCUUGAGGAAUUGAAAGAUUGGCACCAGUGUUUGGUUAUGCUUGGGGAUGCGAAAGUGGAUGAGCACGGGAAUGUUCAGGAUCAGGAGUGUGGCAGGGGGAUGUACUUGGAUAAAGAUAGUGAGGAUCAUGAAAUAAAUAUCAUGUCGGCCAUAUGUUAUUUGCGUGGCAAGGCGUACGAAGCUCUGCAAAAUCGUGCUCUAGCUCGAUUAUGGUACAAGGCGGCUAUUAAGGCUGACCCCUUAUGUUAUGAGGCUUUGGAAUGUUUGGUUGACAAUCACAUGCUAACUUGUGAGGAAGAAUUAAGCUUGUUAGCAUCUCUGCAAUUUGGGAAAGACGAUGGAUGGCUGUCAACAUUUUAUUCAUGUUUAAUAAAGAAGCAUGACAAAGAAAAUGUUGUAGAAGCAAAAUUUGCAGAACUUGAGAGAGAUACUAGUGGCAUUCCUUCUUCAUCUUCGUCUUCUUUGGCACUGAAAAACAACACAGACCUCUUGGUUUGCAAAGCUGAAUAUUACCAUCAGUGUGGAGAGUAUCAAAAGUGUUUUGAACUUGUUUCUACGUUACUAGCCAGAGAUCCUUUCCAUCUUAAAUGCACCUUAAUCUAUUUAGUAGCUGCUAUGGAGCUUGGCCAUUCUAACGAUCUCUAUGUUAUGGCUGGCAAUCUGGUGAAGGAUUAUCCUCAAAAAGCUCUUUCUUGGUUUGCCGUUGGAUGCUAUUACUUCUGCAUUAAAAAGUAUGACCAAGCACGAAGACAUUUUUGUAAGGCUACAAACCUGGAUGGAACAUUUCCGCCUGCUUGGAUAGGUUUGGGAAAUUCAUAUGCAUCCCAACAAGAGAGUGAUCAAGCAAUGUCUUCAUAUCGGACUGCAGCUCGCUUAUAUCCAGGCUGUCACUUACCUAUAUUAUAUACUGGGAUGGAAUACAUGCGAACACAUAAUUUCAAACUCGCAGAGCAGUUUUUUCUGCAGGCAAAAACAAUAUGUCCUUCAGAUCCUUUGGUAUAUAACGAACUUGGAGUUGUUGCGUAUCAUACGAAGGAUUAUCAAAAAGCCAUUCAGUGGUUUGAGAGGACUUUGGCUCAUAUUGCAUCUUCACUUAGUGAAGUGUGGGAACCAACUUUGGUGAAUCUUGCUCAUGCACAGAGAAAGCUAAAGAUGUACCAUAAAGCAAUUUCCAAUUACGAGAAGGCGUUGGCUCUUUCAGCUCGAAGUUUGAGCACCUAUGCUGGUCUCGCUUACACAUACCAUCUGAUGGAUAACUUGGAUACUGCAAUUAUAUACUACCACAAGGCUCUACACUUGAAACCGGAUGAUCACUUCUGUACAGAGAUGCUCACACUAGCCCUAGAGGAGGAUUGUAGAGGCUCGGGUAGGAGGUGAAAUGUAAACUUGGCUGACAUGAGCAUAUGUGGUAUUCUCUUGUUGUGUUGAUGCUUUGUAUUCUAGUAGCAGGUCCAAUCGAUGAAAGUGUUGAUGCGUGCAGAAAAGAAGCUGGGGGUUCAGCUCGCAGAUUCCUUAUCCAAUGGAAGUCUGGACAGUGUGCGGGGUUGCUCAUACACCAUUGGUUCUAAUUUUGAGAAAUUUUGUUGUGUAUUAAUAGAAGACGUAAUGUAUUUGUAGAUAUUAUGGACAAUGAGUCUGCCGGCCAUUCGGGUCCUUUUUUAAUUAUUGAAUAGUUAUGAAUACCUUUCUUCUUUUC